GUAAUCGAAACAACGACCAAAAAGGAAAAGGAGGAGUAGCUGUCCUUUUUUGGUUAAGUCUCAAAAUCUGAUAUUUUCACUUGCGUGAAAGUACAGACAAAUACCUAAUUCUGUACAUAUGAUAAUAAUACUACAUUAAACAGACAUAUACAAUUGUUGCAUCAACGCGCUGAAGGAAGAUUCAGAUUAGCUUAUUCUUUUCUAGUUUGAUCUGCUAUAGAUUUGCAUUGAUAGGGGGAAAAACCAAGAAUGUAAUCUAAAAAGGUUGUGCAAAUAAUAGUGUUUUAUCAAAACUCAAAUCAGCUUGUCGGUAUUCGGUGGACAUGAUCUAUGUUCAAUGAUGAUGAACCGUUGGCCUUCAAAAAAAUGCAUGAAUUUUCCACAGUGGACGGCUUUGUAGAGAUAACUGAAUCCUUGGCGGACAUGAUAAAGUUCAUUGCAAAUGAGCCUGCUGUGGGGCUUUUCUACAUUCAACAACAUACCCAGAAAGCAGCACCCAACCUUGUAAAUCUCAAAAACAAUAUUGAGGAGAAAUCCCGCGAAAUGAUUCUGCACACAGAAGACUUAGAGGAUUCCAUCAUUGUGAUUGGGUCAAUGAAAGAGUGUGGCCUUCCGAUUGCUAACGAGAUGAUUAAAGAUCUCAAACAUACUCUAGCUGUCAUUUCAAAGAAGCAACCAAAAAAAGGAUUAAUUAGCGGAUCCCGUUCAAGUUUCCCAGUGGGUAUAACUACCUCUUGGAGUCCUGCUGCUUGGGGUCGCAAUACAGGUCCAGAAGACGACGAUGAGAGAGCUGCCGGUUAUCUUUCAACUGUUUUCAGGUCAGCAAAACAGAAGGCUAGUAAUUUCAAGUGGCCUCAGUUAGAGUCUGGAGAAUCUCGACCAGCAAAGAGCGAACCAUCUUUGUCGGACAAGGAUGAGCCAUCUGUAAUGCAUUCAAAUGACACGCUAUUAGCUGCAGGUGUGAGCUCCUCUUCCUCACUUGGACGGGCGAAUAGUGAAGACUUAAGAUUGUCAAGUCAAACUGCUGAUGAGACACAACAGGAACAGGUAAACAAAAGCAUGUCUCAUGAUCAACUGCUGUCUUUAUCCGAAAACUUUGAAGAAUUUAAAGCUGAUAAAGAGGCGAAAUUAGAAGAGUGGUUGGGAGAAUAAGGAAUGGUGAAGUCCUUUAGCUUGAUAAAUCUCUGAACCUCAACGAUACUAUUCUUAUGAACGACACUUCUCUUGUAUUAUGAUUCAUAUACUUUAUACUAGAUGAAUAAAUGUAGAGGAGUUUAUAGCAGACAGGAAAGAGAAAAAAUAGAGUCUUGAAUGUAUGACCAUUCAAGUUGUGUUUGUACAUUGAGGAAUAUAUUGUUUGUGAUCUAAAGCAGCUUAUGCCA